AUGUCUCUUCAGGUUGAUCAGAGCGGUCGGCGGGGCCGAUCACGCUCUCCUGGCCGCCGGGACGACGAGAGGGAUCGCAGUCGCAGCCGCGCUCCAGAGCCUUAUAUCAUGGACGCUGUGAGAAUGCCCUCGCCUCCAGCUGGUUUUAGCUACGAUGACCAUCACGAUGCUCCCUCGCGGCGCUCUACCUACGGCUAUGAUGAUCCUAGGGGUCCUUACCGUGUGACCUCACCUACAGAUGAGUCGUCUUACCGCCGAAGCCGAGACAGGUUCUCGGAUGAGAGCGACAACAGCAGGCACUCCAGACAUUCGGAUAAGGAACGGAAAUAUCGGAUACACCCCGAAAGGCAACAUCAUCAAGAUUUCGACAAGGACCGCCUGGCAAAGGCGCUGGGUGGUGCCGCCGCCUUCUUACCGGCCAAAUAUGCCGAAAAGGUCAUGGACAAGGCCCUCCAGUCGGACAGCGAAAAGGAGAGAAAGAAGCAGGAGAAGAAGGCUCAACUCGAAGAGGAUCUGGCAUAUGGCUCUUCGCCAACUAUGCCAGGCGGGUAUCCGCGAGAUAACUCUCCUCCAAACUCGGACGCCAAGUACGCAAAGAUGCCAGAAUGGGGAGUCAACAACAACGGUGGUAGUUACGGGUACAAUGUACGGCAUGCAGAGUACAAUGGACCGGCUCCACAUAGCCCACACAGGCCAUCAUACCGUGAUCCCAGCCCUGAGCCGCGGCGGACGUCGAGCAAGAAGCAUGAAUCGAGAUCUUCCAAGUCCAACUUGACGGUCGAACCAAGCGGUCGGCAUCGCAGCCGGUCGCGAUCACCAGCACCGCCAGUCAAGGGCAUGUCCUCGCUCACGGUCAACACUGGCUUCCCAACAGGGUUACAUCUGACGCUGGCGAAUGCGCCCGGCUCUCCGCUGCUCGAGUCGUACCACGGUACCUACCAAUCCAUGUCACCAAUGCCGUCCCCUCUGCUGCUUCCCUCCAAUGGGCCGCUAUCACCUAUCGAGCCUCUGUCCCCGGGCGGGUCGGAUGACGAGCGCGGCGGCAAGAAGAAGAGGCGAGCACGCUUUAGCGAUCCCGAGGACGAUGCGGCAACUCUAGCCCAGGCACUCAAGGGCGAAAGGCGAGCACCGGACGUGGGGCCUCUGAUCCAGAUCCUACCGGGCCUGACCCACGAGCAGGUCAUGGACCUGCGCUCCGAGUACAAGCGGCUGGUCAAGACUGGCAGUGAGCGCAGGGGCGUCAACAUUGCCAAGCACGUUCGGGCGCGGCUCAAGGACGAGGACCCGCUGCUGAUGAAGGCUUGCUACACUGUCGCGCUCGGAAAGUGGGAGGGCGAGGCGUACUGGGCCAACUUUUGGUACCAGGGCGACAAGACGCGGCGCGAGCUCCUCAUUGAGUCCAUCAUGGGGCGCACCAACGACGAGAUCCGCCGGAUCAAGGACGGCUUCAGCGAUAAAAAGUACCGUGACAGCCUGACCCAGUGCAUGAAGAUGGAACUCAAGGAAGACAAGUUCAAGCGGGCCGUGCUCAUGGUACUGGAUGAGAAUAGGAUGGAAGAAUUCGACGAGUAUGGACGUCUCCUCCCCAUUGACUCUAGACUGGUCGAGGACGACGUGCAUGAUCUUCGCAAGGCCGUGAAGAGCGAGAAGGGUGGCGAGUCGGCCAUGAUCUCGAUCGUGAUCAUGCGGAGCGACUCGCACCUGCGAGACGUUUUGAAAUUGUACGAGAGGACAUAUGGGUCGAAUUUCGCCAGAGAUGCUCUCAAGAAGAGUGGGAAUCUUGUCGGUGAACUUCUGGCGCAUAUUCUCAAUGGAGUUAUCAACAAACCCGUCCGGGAUGCUCUCCUCAUCAACCACGCGCUUACUGCUUCAAAGAAGGACCACCUCCGCCGCGAGCUUUUGAUCAGCCGCCUCGUCCGUUAUCACUGGGACAGACACCACAUGUCGGCAAUCAAGAGGGCGUACCGGGAACGCUAUCGCAUUGAUUUGGCCGAUGCCAUCAAGGAGGGCACGAGCGACGACUGGGGACUAUUCUGCCAGCAACUGGUCGUGACACGUACACCCGACGAAGUCAAGAGAUUCACAAAGGUUGAGGUUAUCAACAGGUAG